AAGGCCCUAGCGUGGUGUGUAACGUAACAUUCCAUUGAGAAGAAGAGGGAAAGAUGGCGUCCUCUAACAAUCCCCGCAAAUUUAGCGAGAAAAUCGCUUUGCAUAAUCAGAAACAGGCGGAGGAAACUGCUGCGUUUGAAGAAGUGAUGAAAGACCUAAACAUCACCAGAGCUGCGCGGUUGCAGUUACAGAAGACCCAGUAUUUGCAACUAGGGCAGAAUCGUGGACAGUACUAUGGAGGCUCACUGCCCAAUGUCAAUCAGAUUGGAAAUGGCAACAUUGACCUGCCUUUUCAGAACUCGGUACUGGAUACCAGCCGGACUACUAGGCACCACGGGUUGGUGGAGCGUGUUUACCGUGACCGGAACCGCAUCACGUCUCCUCACCGCCGGCCGCUGUCAGUCGACAAACAUGGACGCCAGAUUGACAGCUGUCCUUACAGCUCAGUUUACCUCUCACCACCGCCAGACACUAGCUGGAGAAGGACAAAUUCGGACUCUGCCUUACACCAGAGCGCCAUGAAUCCGAAGCCCCAGGAGGUGUUUGCAGGGGGAUCACAGGAGCUGCAGCCUAAACGAGUACUGCUGCUAACAGUGCCUGGGAUGGAGAAUUCAGAGUCAAAUGCAGACAAGGAUGCGCAGGAACAGUUGUGGGAUGGCGAGAAGGAUGAUUCAUCAAAGCCCAACACAUGUGAUGUCCCGGGAAUCAAUAUAUUCCCAUCACCAGACCAGGAGUUAAACCCGUCCAUGCUCCCAGCUGCACACAACACCGGUGGUUCGCUGCCUGACCUGACAAACAUCCAGUUCCCUCCUCCGCUGUCCACCCCGCUGGACCCCGAGGACGCCGUGGCCUUCCCCUCCCUCAGCUCGUCCAACAGCACGGGCAGCCUGACCACCAACCUCACCCACCUGGGCAUCAGUGCUGCCAGCCAUGGGAUCCCCACCUCCUCUCAGCCCACCAUGACUGUGACGGCACAGCGCCGGCAACCACCCGUGGUGCCGCUCAGCCUCACCUCUGACCUCCAUCUCCAACAGUCCCCACAGCAGCUUUCCCCCACCCUCUCCUCACCCAUUAACAUCUCGCAGGUCGUGCCAACAGAGUCGUUGACCCUGGAGCAGCAGCUCUCUCAGUUCCCGCUGUUCAACCAGCUGACGGCCCAGGCCCAGGCUCAGCUGCUCAGUGAGCUCCAGAAGCAGCAGCAGGUCCUGCCGCAGGGCAUCCAGCUCAUCACAUUGCCAACUCUGGCCUCCCCUGGUACCACUACAAGCAGCCCCUCCCCAGACAGCCAGAGCCAGACCACCGCCAGCAUCAGUAUCGGCUCGUACCGCAAUCAGACUGGCUCACCAGCCACUCAGUCACCAACCUCCCCAGGCUCCAAUCAAGGCUUCUCCCCCGGCGGCUCGCCUCAACACAUUCCCUUGGUGGGCAGUAUAUUUGGCGACUCCUUCUAUGAUCAGCAGUUGGCAUUAAGGCAGACCAAUGCCCUUUCUCAUCAGCUGGAGCAGUUCAACAUGAUCGAGAACCCCAUCAGCUCCACCAGCCUUUUCAACCAGUGCUCCACCCUUAACUACACACAAGCAGCCAUGAUGGGCCUCACCGGGAGCAGCCUACAGGACUCGCAGCAACUCGGCUACAGUAGCCAUGGCAACAUCCCCAACAUCAUCUUAACAGUCACAGGGGAGUCUCCGCCGAGCCUCUCCAAAGAGCUGACCAACUCUCUGGCGGGUGUUGGUGAUGUCAGCUUCGACGCAGACUCUCAGUUCCCUCUGGACGAGCUGAAGAUCGACCCGCUCACCCUGGACGGACUGCACAUGCUCAACGACCCCGACAUGGUGCUUGCCGACUCCGCCACCGAGGACACGUUCAGGAUGGACAGGCUGUAACGCGAGAGGCUGACUGUGGCCGAGAACAAGAAGAAGAAAAAACCCACACUAACUUGUGAAUGGAGAGAAGCAAAGGGCCUGAUGAACCCUCUCCCUCGUUGCAUGGCCGUCCAGCUGUCCGACCUCGCCCUCGACUCCGUGAAGCCCUUUGAAACGAUGCGCCACCAAUAGACAACAGGGAAAAAGACAUCCAGUGGCUUGCCAGGGGAAUGGCCUCGCUGUCGUUUUGAAUGAGAUUCGUCGCUCGGCGCUUUCGCUAGCCUGCUGUGUUUACGGUGUACCAUUACAUGCCACAUAUAUUCCAAAAACGCACAUUUGACAAUUCUUUUCUUUAUUUUCAUAUCCACUUUAAUAUUUGUUUUGUUGAUAUUUGCUUGUAGCAGGAAGCUGCUAGGACAUUGGGCUAAACCGUACCCGUUUAUAUUGGCUGUGUUUAAAAAAAGAAAAAGAAAAACAUAGCACAGCCCUGCAAUCAAAUGAAUCGGUUUUCCCAUCAUGCCGUAACGGCUUUCUAUUUCACACUCAAAGCUUUAUUUUUGACAACCAAAUGUUAUUUUCAUCAUGUACUGUAUGUUUUGAUGCUUUAUGUAUUUACAUGUUUUAUUUAUUUAGUUACAGAUUUUAUAUUCCAUUUCAUAAUUUAAAUUUGAUGCCAAAAUGCUCUCUGUAGGCAUAGUGUAAAAUUGCACUGAUGUAAUUUGUGUCUAUUUAUUAAUUACUAACAUAUUUAUGUGUUUGUUAAGCUACUUGGUUAAUGAAGGAGUGCAAAACCUCCCCAUAGUUGCUCUUAGGUGUUGGAUGUGCCAUUCUCUGAUGAAGGAUGUGGUAGACGUUGCCAUGCUGCAGCCCAACGCUCAAAUCUAAAUAUCAUAGUUUUUAGCACAGCUCCAGGAAAUGCUGCGGGCUCCAGAAAUGGGUUGGUUUUACGUCCCUUGAACUAACUUUUUCUGAGAGAAAUCUUCAGGUAUUUCUAUUUAACUAGAAAGCAAGAAAAACGCGUCCAAAUUAAUUUUCUGCCAGUAUAUAUAUCCGGACUGAACUUCUUUUCAGUGAAGGAAGCUGUCUGUUUUUAAACACUAAAAUCUUAAAUCUUUUUAAGUCGUCACUGUGAAAUCACCUGAUUUUGCCUUACAUGAGUAUUCUACUGUUCUACUUAAGUGUCUAAUGUGACAACGUAUUUUCGUAACUUAUUGUAACAUUUUCUUGUAUUUGAGAGGAACUUAACUUUUGGUCCGUGAUAUUUGUGGUUAUGUUGUGUAAGGUUUGACAAAUCAAUGUACUGUAUUUUGUAUCAGUACAGUUUAUAGCCAAAUUGUUGAUGUUUUUUAAAGUAGGGCUAAAAACGAAAACAAACAAAAAAAAAAUCAAAGGAUGGGUUUAAAGUGUUUGAGAAGGAGUGCAAUUAUGGGGAGGCUUUUUGCUCUUUGACAGGGAAACUCUAACAAAAACGCUACUUUGCCACAGAGGUCAUCAAAAACAAAAGUAUCAUGCAAAGUGUAUGAAUUUUAAUGGCCGAAUGGUUAUGUUAUAUGAUGCAAAUAUAGUUAUUAUGAACAUGAGGAUGUUUUUUAUUGAAGAAUGUCUGUUUACUCCAUUUAGUAAACAGAUAAGGGGGUCUGUUUAAGAAAAGCGUGUAUAGGUCAUCGCUGUUGGGCAGAAACCUCGUAAUUCCAUAUUUUGUUUAAAACCCAAAACAAAACUGUCCCAUAAACUGUAGGAUGUAGUAGAGUCUACAACUGUUUACGCCACAUUUACAACUGAAAAAUGUUUACACAAGUUUCAUCUGAACAUGUACUGUACAUAUUAAUAUCAUCUCUGACUGCAUCCAAUCUCCUUUGCCAAAAUGUGUCAAACAAAGUGUGUCAAAGUUCUGUCUGCCUUGGCCUUUUGUCAGAGUUUCCCUGAGAGAGGUGUGUUUAGGUCUGUGGGAUCACGUUUGGUAUAUUGUAAUGUUGAUGUACAGACGUACUAAUCAUUUACUCAUCUAAAGCGCUGUCCCCCUCCUCCCUCCCGAUAAGGAAUCACGUGUGGUUUAAUGCACACAGUUGUACAAUUUGUUUCAGUUGAAAUGUUUGUCUGCUGUAAUCCUCCAUCAAAGGUUUUGUUUGCCUUCAACAGAUCUGUGAUUCCUAUGCAAAUGAGAAACACACAAAAAAAAAAGACAACCCUUAAAGGAAAAAUCCACCUCUGAUGUUUUAUUGUUUCAACACGUUCCAGAAGUUGAGCUGGAUUUAUUCUUCUGAAAUGUUGCGGUAAUGGAGGCAGAGAGGAACUACUGAGAUAAAGAAAGAACUGUUCAUUUCCAGCGCCGGCUGUUUUCUCCUACACGUUACUGUUAGAGAUCGUUGAUAGUGAAGACAGCUUUGAGUAAUUUGAAGAAAAGCUCGUGAUUCUCCUUUUCAGUAACACCGGACACAUUGGUAGCAUAACCUAGCAAGGCCCUUCACAGUGCACAUCUCAGUCCUCUCCGUCAUCAUUGCUCUGUGUUACAGAGCAGCUAAAGUCCCAAAUUGUUGGAUUUUUUUUUAUUGUCACAUUUUUUAUUUUAACUUAUUUAUGGUCUUUCUGUCAGGGCUUUGCAGGCUCCUUACUCUUUUACUUAUUAUUGCUUCAACAAAACAAGGAAUGCCCAUCUCAGUUCUCUACUUUUUAGUCAGUGGACACAUUUGUAAUUUGAGAUGAAGCUCAACAUCGGCGCUCUGUGUUAGAAAAUGGAAGAAAAAAUUUAAACUGUAUGAGCAUUUCAAGUGUUGCUAUGACAAUCAACGAGUGAAAUCGUAAACUGAACUAUACAUUUAUUUUUACACCAGAGUAACAAGAAACAUAAAUCCAGCUGUACUUUGAACUUUUUUUUUUUUUUUUUUUUUUUUUGUGAAUCUCUACUUCUUCAGUUGGUAAUUUCCUACAUUUUUCCAGACGUCACUUGAACACAUCUCUUCCUGUGGGACUGUUGAACAAAACAGCUGCUGUAUAAGGAAACCCUUUCUCUUUAAUCCCACAGAAACAGACGCCAAACCUGAUUUUCUGUUGAUGUUUUAGAUCAAUGACCCAUUUCACUGUAGUUGCUGGAAAUAUCCACACACCUGUUAACCCAUAGGAGGAAGAAAAAUAAACCACUAAAAAAAUGGUUUGCACGGAAAUGCACAACACUUUCCCAGAAGCAGUUUUUAUUUGUUGGAUUUUUCCUUUAAGUCCCUGAAACAAAUGUAUAGAACUCAUUCUCUACAGAUUUACAUGUUUCCAAAUGUGGUUUUCCUAAAACAAAAUGUGUGAGCACAAACUUCACUGUUGCAUUGCCAGUGAUUUGAGCUUUUCCCCAUCCCUUUACUCCGUGUCAUCCUGCUGAAUACUAGUCAUUCACACUGACCUUGUACAUACGCUAUAGCUGAAACAAAAUGCAUGACUAAACUGACAGUCAAAACCUCUAAAUGAAGGCCUUCUAUAGCUCUGCAGGUUUGAUUUGUGUAACGUAACGCUAUCACAAAGUCUAAAGGGAUGCAUGUAUGGGUUUCUCCUGUGCAACAGUUAACUCCUGUUAAGUGACUCUUUUACCUCCAUCUGUGUAUAAUGCUACUUCACGAAUGAUAAGAGAAUGUAUUUUCUGUGGCAGUGUCCUAGUUCUAGCCUGUUUGCCAAAUGUUGGAGUUUAUUGGUCCCAUCACGGUCGGACCGGACUUGUUCUUCUUCUCUCUGCUCUUCAGUCGCCCCCCCCUCUCCUCCUCUGAGGAAUCAGUCUCUCUCUUUCUCUUCCUACUGUAGCAUCUCACCACGUACGAGUGUAAACAGCCGAUUCUCGUACAAAAAUAACCCGCAGUCGAUCCGGCCCCCUCCUCUCCGUCAACACAACCCUUUUGGCUUUCUUAAGAAAAUGGAAGCAGGUUCUGUCUCGUAGAUUGGCACGCGCACUGAUCGUUUGCGUAUGUGGACUUGAAUCUUCUGAAGCUUCUGCAUUACGCAGUCAACUGCAUGACAUGAUAGACACAUUGAGCUGAUUCAUAUCCCAUGGUAUGUAAAGGAGUUUGAUCUAGCGAUGCUGAGUUUGUUUAAAGAUAUGACUUUUUUAUGUUGUUGCCUAUCAUGUCAGGUUUUGGACUGUGUAAAGUGUAAUUCUGUUUUUUCUAUUGAUUUGUUUGUUUUUUCUGUUUUUUUUGUGCUUUGCUAUGUUUGCUUUGUGCUAUGUUUAGUCCACUAGUUGCUUUGCACUUUAUUUGUGACUUCCUGGCUUUUGAGCAGGGACUGUUCUGCCCGAUGUGAAUGCUGACCGUUUCACUCCAGAUGUUUACUCCGGAGAUAUUUUCCAUGUCAAAGAAAAGAUGAAUUCUCUAUUUUCCUUUGUAAACUAUAUUUUGGCUUGUCUUGUUUUUUUUUUUAUCUGUGAAGAUUUUAGGGGAUGCAAAACUAGAAAGGGCUUACUCCAGUGCAGCUUGCGCUCUCGUGUUGGAAAGGAACGGCACUCCGAAUGUAUUUCUUUGUUGGUCAUUUUUUCCCCCCCACGUGAAAAAUUGCAGUUUGAGCGAGUCACGGUUCUUAAAAAGACAAUAGAUACUAGUUAGUCACAAAUACUCAAAUGAAGCUGUGUGCAUCGUGACCACACGUUCUGUGCUGCAACACAGUCUCACUUUGUGAAAUGAACUGCAACUCUUAAAUGUAUAUUACAUGAUUUGGACAUGAGAAAUUUGACUCCAUCAAAAUGAAAAUAUGUCAAACAACUCUUCUCCAGUACAGCAUGCUUAAUCUAACAAACAUUUCCGGCUACAGAAAACACCUACAUGCAAAACAUUUGGCAAACGAAGCGUGUUGUACUGGAGAAGAGUUGUUAGACACGUUCUGAUUUUGACGGACUUGCAUUGAAGCUUACACUCCUCUGGAUAUCUAGUGUGCGCACUCAAAGUUAACAGAAAGUGUGACAAAGGUAUUAGAUACCUUUUUCACUUGUCUAACAAGGUUAGCUAACAGCAACACUAUCACUGGUGAAGAUUUGAGUUCAUGUUAGGCAGCUAAUACACCUUUGAUUCAUGUAAGGAAAUAAAAAAGGCAUGUAUUUGGGGAAAAAAAGGUCAACUUUGCUCAGCAGAGUUAUUGUUGAGUUAUGUAACUUUCAUGGGAAACAUUUCCUUCUGUCUGAGUCUGAGGCUAAACACUGAAAUACGGAAAGCAAAACUUUUCAGGCUAACGAAAGUCCAUUUUCCAAACCGACGAGAUGAAGAAAUCACCUUCAUGUAUAUUUUCUAAUAGUCUUGUAAAGUAUUUAGUUUUGACUCAUCUGCUGGUUUUAGUCUGAGACACCACUGACUUGCAUUACUCGUUUGCACAGCUUUUGUUUGUGUUGUGUUAAAAAGCAGUGAAGCUAAAGUCGUGUCCCAAACUGAAGAAGCAGACGAGCGAAGCUCAAACAGGAGUCCUGUGUCUAAAGGCGGUCUUUAAUGCUUGUUCCCAGAGUGUUUUAGGUCUGAUUAAAAUGUCCCUUUAAUAACACGGGGUUUUCUAAACGACUCUACAACUGUCUCUGGAAAAACGCAGUUUAGUUUCCACUUGAAGCUUAUAGUGAGAAUAGCAUAAUAUCACUGUUGUCCUGUAAGUCGUAGUAAAAGAUCUGUAGUUAUUUAUUUGUUGCCAUGUGAUUCUUCUUAUGUGACCAUUUGUUUAUAAGAUGAAAGAAAAAAAUGUCAAUUAAAUUGAAUGUGGAAGACA